UUCGAUUCAGCUACGCAGACGGCGUCGUUUUUGCAAUCGCCAACUUCACUUUCCGCAGCGCCUCGACGAAGCGUCGACAGACUCUGCGGAAAUUUCACAGAAUCGAAGAAACCAUCGCAAGCACUCAAAUUAUCGUCGCAACAUAUUUGUUAGUUUCAUCGAGGCGUUGAAGAGGUGUUCAUAGAUAUGAAGAAAGCGCCGUUGCCGGUGCAGAAUGUCCACCGCUCCGAUAAGAAUGUAGCCGGGAAAGAGGCGUUGGUGAAGCUUUUGAGAUGGCAUUUUGGUCAUGCAGAUUUCAGAGGGAAGCAAUUGGAGGCUAUUCAAGCUGUUGCAUCUGGAAGAGACUGCUUUUGUUUGAUGCCGACGGGAGGAGGGAAAUCGAUUUGUUAUCAGAUACCUGCAUUAGCAAAACCUGGAAUCGUCCUUGUUGUGUCUCCUUUGAUUGCUUUGAUGGAAAAUCAAGUGAUGGCCCUGAAGGAGAAAGGUAUUGCUGCUGAGUAUCUCUCAUCCACCCAAGCCACACAUGUUAGGAACAAGAUCCAUGAAGACCUUGAUUCUGGUAAACCCUCAGUAAGAUUGCUGUAUGUGACUCCAGAAUUGAUUGCGACUAAAGGAUUUAUGUUGAAGCUGAGAAAAAUCCACUCUAGGGGUUUACUAAAUCUUAUAGCUAUAGACGAGGCACAUUGCAUCUCAUCAUGGGGCCACGACUUCAGACCUAGUUAUCGUCAACUUUCAACCUUGAGAGAUUCUUUGGCAGAUGUUCCAGUGUUGGCUCUUACUGCUACUGCUGCUCCCAAGGUACAAAAGGAUGUUAUCGACUCCUUGAGCUUGCGGAAUCCUUUGGUCCUCAAGUCUUCUUUCAAUCGCCCAAAUAUCUUCUAUGAAGUUCGGUACAAAGAUCUUUUAGAUAAUGCAUAUAAUGAUCUGGGCAACUUACUCAAAUCUUGUGGAAAUAUUUGUGCAAUUAUCUAUUGCCUUGAGCGUACGACCUGUGAUGACUUGUCUGUUCAUCUUACCAGUAUUGGGAUCUCUUCUACUGCCUAUCAUGCAGGACUCAAUAGCAAACUGAGGAGUACUGUUUUAGAUGAUUGGCUGUCCUCAAAGAAGCAAGUUAUUGUUGCCACAGUGGCUUUCGGAAUGGGUAUAGAUAAGAAGGACGUCAGAAUGGUUUGCCACCUUAACAUUCCAAAAUCAAUGGAAUCUUUCUAUCAAGAGUCCGGUAGAGCAGGUCGGGAUCAAUUACCCUCAAGAAGUGUAUUAUAUUAUGGUGUAGAUGACAGAAAGAAAAUGGAAUUUAUUCUGCGGAAUUCAGAGAAUAAAAAAUCCCCAUCCUCUAAGAAGCCUACGUCUGACUUUGAACAGAUUGUGAAAUACUGCGAAGGUUCUGGAUGCCGAAGAAAAAAGAUUCUUGAGAGCUUUGGUGAAGAGUUUCCUACGCAGCAAUGCAAAAAAACAUGUGAUGCAUGUAAGCAUCCAAAUCAAGUUGCUCAUUGCUUGGAGGAGCUCAUGACCACUGGCUCCCGAAGACACAAUUCUUCUCGAAUUUUCAUCACCAGCUCGAACAAAAUGACCAAUGAGGGACAGUACUCUGAGUUUUGGAAUCGUAACGAAGAUGGAAGCAAUUCUGAUGAGGAAAUAUCAGAUUCAGAUGAUGUCUCUGAGGCUGCCAAGAGCCUAGCAGGACCUAAACUAUCAAAAAAAUUGGGACUAGACGAGAAACUGGUUUUACUAGAGCAAGCUGAGGAAAAGUACUACGAAAGGAAUAAACAGGUGAAAAAGUCUGAGAAGAACGCAAUAUCAGAAGUACUAAGAGAAUCCAGCAAGCAAAGACUCUUGGAUGAGCUGGCACGAGUUCUUCAGCAGCUCGCCAGUGAAAAUGAGAUUGAUUCCCAAAAAGCAUGCGAGUUUCUUGAAAACGAGUGCUAUAGAAGAUAUAGCAAAGCAGGGAAAUCAUUUUACUACUCGCAGAUAGCUAGUACUGUGAGAUGGUUAGGAACCGCAAGCAGAGAGGAGCUAAUGACCCGACUUAGCUCAGUUGUCAGUACAGGUAGAGAAGAAGAGCCAAUAGAAGAAGACCUGUCACUGGUGACUGAACAGACUGAGAACAUAAAGGAAGAAGCUGAUGGCAAGAUUAACACGGCCGAGUCACAGGUUGGUGAUCAGACACAAGAGGUAGUGAGCCGUUCGCCUAUAAAGCUUCCACAUAUUCCGUCAUUCUCAGAGUUUGUUAACAGGAAAAAAAUGAAGCAAAACACCUCGGCAGGUAAAUCUUCUGAAGAUUUUGAUGAUGAGAAGAAACCGGCAAAGAUAAUGAAGCUUCAGUAAAAAAAUAAAAAAUAGUAGCUAAACCCCUCAGGAUAUUUUGUUCACUAGCCAACAAGGGUUUUUCAUUUUCUUUUGUAGUUUAGCUUAAGCAUUGGCCCAUUA